AUAAGGGUGUUGAGCAUAAAAGCGUUCCAUAACCCCAAACCCUAACCUCAUUGUUCAGCCGCCAUCUCCGGAUCUUCUACUGCCGUCACCGCCUUGUGACUCCCCAGUCGCCGCUCCCCCUUCUCCUAGUUUUUCCGAUCCAGUCAAGACGCCGCCUGCUGCCGGUGACACCAUGAGCGGCUUAGAGGACCCCCGAAAACCCAAGAGGACCGACGAACUCUACUUCCAGCGAAACCAUCCAUCGGUGCUGCUCACAAUCGAUGGCCGCCGCUGCUUUGCCAUGCAAACGCCGCUAUCCCCGGCAGUCGACAUCAAUGCUGUUGUUGUUCCGUUGCAAGCGACAAGGAGCAAUGGUUGUUGUCCCGGUGUUUCUUCGCUGCGAUUCCGACGCCUACUCCAGCCGCCGCCUCCUUUCCGACUUCCACCUUCUUUCACAGUUGUAUUACCCAUCGCCGGCGGCCAAGGUUGUUGAUGCUGCCGCUACGCCAUCCGUUUCUGCCGCCUCCUCGUGUCGCCACCGCAACCAAGAGGGUGGUUGGGUUCUUUUUGCAAUUAGAGCUCGUGUAGGUGGUUGUAUUUCCGCUGUUGGUGUGCUCCCGGUCGUGUGUGUGCUGUGUGUGGUUUAUCUUGGCCGGAAAUGGAAAAGAAUGCCCACCAUGGCCGCCGGCCAUGGUGGCUGCCACCUUCUGCCACCACAGGCCACCAUAAGGUGGUUGUGUGUGCUUAUUUUGUUUAGUGUAGUUCGGGAAUUUGUUAGCCAGCAGCUGGGGUCAAGUCUGCGGGACUUCAGCACGUGUGGGAUUGUGUUUUCAGGACUUCAGCAGUGUGAGGUACUCGUUUUCAAAGGAAGGAGUCGGCUUGAUCGCAGCGCAUCACACUAUGUUUUCCACACAAGAGAUCUUUGGGAUUACACUCUGAUAUGGUUUUACGAUAAAAUGCUUUGAUUAUUGACACUUUGGUUUUGACAUGAGAUAUGAAUAUGAAUGUUUUAUUACUGAUGGUUUUAUAUAAUAAUGUAUUUAAAAAUGAAAUUUUUGGCCUUGAAUUUUGGGAUGUUACAA